CCAUAAAGACAUGGAUGAUUCAUGCUACAUAUACGACCCUGACAUCUGUUUCUGUGUGGACACUGGACACUCAGAGUUCUGCUGGUCGCGUCUUGAUAAACUUGGUGCUACGUCAUUUCCUGCAUUUGGCGCGUCGCUAGUUUGCGGAAGCAAGCGAUAGAAUAACAGUAAUGAGCAGCGGAGACAGCAAUCCUGCAGCUACCCCCACCCCCUGUGAGGACAUACACGGUGAUGGACGAUGGAUGUCACUGCACAAUCGUUUUGUAUCUGACAGUAAAGGGAAGGAACCAGACGUGCUCUUCGUCGGAGAUUCUCUUGUCCAACUAAUGCAUGAGUUUGAGGUUUGGAGAAAGCUGUUUUCCCCACUCCAUUCUCUGAAUUUUGGGAUUGGUGGUGAUGCGACACAGCAUGUCCUAUGGAGACUCAGUAAUGGAGAACUGGACCAUAUCUGCCCCAAGGUGGUAGUGUUGUGGGUGGGCACUAAUAAUCAUGGCCACACCCCCGAGCAGAUCUGUGGCGGCAUCAUGGCCAUUGUUAACGUGAUCAACAAGCACCUUCCUCAAACUCACGUUCUUGUACUGGGUGUUUUGCCGAGAGGGAAGAGUCUGAACCCACUACGCAAGCGUAACGCACGAGUGAACACUCUGGUGCAGGCUGAGCUGGAAUCUCUCUCAUAUGCCUCCUUUUUGGACGUGGAUCCUGGAUUUGUGCAAUCAGAUGGCUCCAUCUCCCAUCAGGACCUAUACGAUUAUCUCCACCUAACAGCACAGGCCUAUCAGAAAGUGUGCCAGCCAAUAUACACACAAAUUAAAACCCUGCUAGAAACGCACGCACCCUGAGUGCCCAAAAGCAAAUAAGUCUUCAUACACUAUUGUAGACAUGUAUCCUACACACAGAAAUUAUCAACAGUUAAAAAUCAUGCACUUACAUUAAUACUGUUACGGACCAACAAGUCAUAAGAUAUAGUACACUAACACCUAUACAUACACUGUUCUAAGCAGACCCCUCAAUGACAUUUCAUUUAUUGAUUUCGGUAAAUACAUUAUGCGAAUUAUCUGAUCAUUGUGCUCACUAGAGUGAUGCUUCAACUACCAUGACAAAAAACUGCCACUUAGUUAUUUUUGCUGACCCCAAGCAAAAUAAUUUUUUUUUCUAGCAAAAGAUGUUAGCUUAAGCCUAUGGAAAGUUCGUGGUCACUGCACAGUUAACAAGAAGCAGUGGGUUGUGUUUUUAAUGAGAAAUAUUUAAGUCAAAGCUCAAUGAAUAAAUGCAGCCUUUCAGUUUAGAACUUCACAGUGAACUUCCACUCACGUAACAGUGGUUAGAAAAUACACGACCAUGGUGAAGCGUUGGCAAGGCAGAGUUUUAAGUUCACAUACAUUGAACUUUUUUUUUUUUCCUAAAAGCACUUAUGAUUUCUUUGUUUUGUACAAUGUUUGUUGGUUUGUCAUAAAUGCAUAGAAAGCUUUAGUUAGUAUCUGUCUCCUGGCUGUAUGUCUAUGUUGGAACCUGUAAAUAUUGUCUUUUCUUUUCUGCAAAGUUUACUAUAGUAAAACAUAAAUUUGACAUGCUUACAUAACCCCAUGGCACCUGACAGUUCAGUUCUCCAAUUCUUGUCUAUGAGAACAACUGCAUUACCUCUGUUUAAUGUUUUUCUUGCUCCAGCAGAUCUGUUACAACUAUAGAAAAGUCACAUUCUGCUGAUAAGAUCAAAUGCAUAAGAGCAAUGAAAAUGUUAAACACUAUGCUGUGACCUGUACAUAACGCCUUUAUAAGUAAUUCCACUUUAGUGUCGUCCUGCUUUUUAUGUCUUUUCAUCCUGUCCUGUGACAUUGAUAAAGAAUCCUUUGGUCACAAACCUGUUGGCCUGUGAAGAACAAAAUCUCAAGAGCUUCCAUCAAUAAUUCGGGCCAAAUCUGUGAUUUAACACUGCAAAAUGCAAAUGUCUUCUGUCUUAAAAUGCUGGAUUAAAACCAUGGACUCAA